AUGAGCAGGCCUCCACCAGCGUACCCAGACUUUGUUAGUACUUCAUCUUUUGCGAAGAAUAAACCACCUCUAGCAUACGUCGAAGAUGAGACUGAUGAGCCAAGAGCUGACAAUUUGGACCCGCAAGCUCUUCAAGCAGCUCUUCGAGUAGAAAUGGCGCGAAGGAAACGUCUCGAAAGGGCACUGCAAAGGGAAAGAGAAGCAGCCCAACGCGAGACCUCAUCCGGGCACUUGAAUCAUGUGAGCGUUAUUCGAGCACCGAGACGAGAACAACCGAGAACGGUUGGAGUGCUGGCCCAUGUUGCUGGCCUUUUCUUGCCAUCUGGC